AAAAACUAAAAGGACUCGGGAAUGGGAUUUCCCGGAAUUUUCCUCUUCUCCCUAAACUUUUGUAUCAUUCUCGCACUCGCCGCCGUGGCCGUUUCUCGUGGGCGCCUCCCGCGCAGCCCCGGCCCCUGCUGGCCCGGCCACGGCCGAGCUCCAGCCUGGCCUGCCCCGGGAACACCUCCCGAAGUCCCUCUCUUGAACUUUUCCUGCCCAAGGUCUUGACAGGUUGCUCUCGCUGUCCUCUUGGCGUCUGCAUGGAGAAAAUCUGGCAGGGGCUCCCUUCGCAGCAAUCCCCGAUCUGCUCGGAGCGCACGGAGCCAGCCUCUCUCGGAGGGAGGGAGCGCUACACUCGCAGUCAAAUUACAUGGCAGGCACUAGCUCCGGAUUUCCAAACUAAUGCUCAUCUUUUAAAAGACAAGCCGAGAAGAAAUUGCGAGGAAGGUCUCGGAUGCGGGGACCUCGGGAACCGGGCCAGCGCUGGAGCCGCUGGGAUCCCGUCUCAGCGGCAGAGAACCGGGACCGAGACUUGGGACCAGGAGCAGGAAAAGGCCUUGCUGCCCGUAUUCCUCUCACCGACCCGGGAACAGCGAUCGGGCAGGGUUGCUUUAGUUUUUUCGGGGCUAAUUUGGGGCCCGUCCCCUGUCUCUGCCGAACCAGCCCCGCCGCGGUUCCGCGCGGUUGUUUUCGUCCCGGGGGCGUCGGACUCGCGGUUCCGAUACACCGUCACUAACACGGGACUUCCGUAACCCGCGGCUUUACACGCGAAGCCCUAACCCACACCCAUCCGUGCCAGACCUUUCAAACAUCAACAUGUGCGGGGGAAGGGGGAGGAAAUACCCGCAGCUGCGUGCGGGCGCGGUGAGCAGCGCGGUACCGAGAGUGCGUGCGGAGAGGCCGGGAUGAGCCGGGUCGAGCCGGGCCGGGCCGGGCCGAGCCGUUUGGGUGCUGGGAGCGUGCCCGCCGCUCCCGUCCCGCUCCCGUCCCGCUCCCGUCCCGCUCCCGUCCCGCUCCCGUUCCCGUGCCGGUCCCGCCGCUGCGCGGGGCGCGGGCGCGGGGCCGCGGGCGCGGAUCCGCGGGGCGGCAGCGCCCCCUGCCGGCCCCGCGCAGCUCCGCCCGCCCGCGGUCCCGCCGCCGGCAGCGGAUCCCCGGCGGGCCCGGCCGCUCCCGAGCUCCCCGGUGCCGUCAAAAAGCCACCAGAAGUAUAUUAAGGCUGCUUAAUGUGUCUAUUAAUAAAAGGAAUCAAGCCCUAAA